CAUAUUUAGCGCCGAUAAACUUCACGCCAGGCCACAUUGGGUGUGACGUCACUUGUCCUAGCAGAGGAUACGGAGGAACGGUGUAGGUCGAAGCGAGAUAUUUCGUGCAAAAUGUUUGCUGUGCUUGCCCGUUCCGGUGUGAGUGCGCUACGAGCCGCCACCAUCCCCAAAAAUGCAGUUCUACCAACUGCAAUUUCCUCUGCAAGGCAGAUGUCCAAGCACAACCAGGAGACAGAGGAGGAGUUUGACGCUCGCUACGAAGCGUACUUCAACCGCAAGGACAUUGACGGCUGGGAGAUUCGCAAGGCGAUGAACGACCUCCAGGGAUUCGACGUAGUGCCAGAGCCCAAAAUUGUCAUCGCCGCGCUGAAAGCCUGCCGACGGACCAAUGACUUCGCCCUCGCCGUUCGAUUCCUCGAGGCCAUUAAGUACAAGUGUGGCAGCAAGGUGAAGGAGAUCUACCCAUACAUUCUUCAAGAGAUUCGCCCCACACUCGCCGAGCUGGGCAUCAACACCCCCGAAGAGCUCGGAUAUGACAAGCCCGAGUUCUACGUGCCUCUGGACUAUGAGACGUAGAGGUUUGGACUGCAUGCUGGAAGGAUGUACCUGCCAUGGCUUAGUCUGCAAGAUUGUUUGUUUCCGUUGCUUAGGCAUAAAAGAAU